CUAUACGGAAGUGACGCGCGGCACUCAAAAGAGUUCAGCAUCUGGGAGCAAAACACCAUUAUAUUUGCCAUCGGGGAUUCAAAGAAGCGUAUUUGCAAACGGCAAUAACAUCGACCAAAUUUGGUGGCCACAAUGAAUCCAGUGUACAGCCCUGCACCAACAGGGGUCCCCUUCACCAACUCCAAGGGUAUAGGCUAUCCAGCUGGCUUCCCUGUCGGCUAUGCAGCAGCAGCCCCAGCAUACACUCAGAAUGUCUACCAAGGAGCAAAUCCAGCCUUCUCGAGCGGUUAUGCCCCUGGUGCUACAUUUAAAGUGUCCUGUUCCCCCAACACUGGGACAGUCCCACCAUACUCAUCCUCCCCCAACCCCUAUCCAGCUGCUGUAUACCCAGUCAGGAGCACCUACCCCCAACAUAACCCUUAUGCACAGGCACUGAUACCUUCACAACAACAAGGGACUUACUUCACACAGCCACUGUACGCAGCACCUCCCCACGUGAUCCAUCACACAACGGUGGUCCAACCUAACGGGAUGCCUGCCGCCAUGUACGCCCCAUCCAUCGCUCCCCCUCGCAACAACGGGGUUGCCAUGGGCAUGGUGGCCGGCACCACUAUGGCCAUGUCAGCUGGAACUUUGCUGUCGACUCCGUCACCGGCGCCCGCCGCUCUCGCCCCGCACCCCGUCACCAUGCCCACAUAUCGGCCCGCCGGCACGCACAGCUACAGCUAUGUGCCCCCUCAGUGGUGAAGUCAAAGCAGAGUGAGGUGGUAGGUAUGCAUUCACGCUCCACUCCAGUGUUUUUUGCUAGCGGCGGUGGACCAACUCUGCCAGCAUCUGCAACCAAUUUGUCUUCUUCCAGUACAAUGUGAAUCUAAAACCAUGUUAGGUCCAUUAGAAUGAGGAGGGGGAGUCGAAGACGUCCAUCCUCAUGUCUUAAUGGCAUUAGGCUUCAUUACACACCGCAUCCUUACAAGCCUGUCGCUUAUCUGCCAUCCAAGGGCCUACUUGCAAUUAUUUCUGCAGGCUGUCAUGCAAAUUUUAGAGUUUGAAUUAGCUUGUGCUGAAAUUGGAGUUUGGAGUAGUUGAUCCCCACCUAUUUUGGAGAGGCGUCUGAUGUCGAAUGCAUGUUCUGUAUGUUGAUAUGUUAAGUAAUGCUAGCUCAGUCGAUUCUGCUGUGACAGAUGCAAACUCCUUGAAAAGGAACACAUCCAAAGGACGUAAAAAAAGUAAUAAAUCUCCAAAGCUGACUCGCGCCGCCGGUCACCACAUCUUAAAUGUAAAACAAGAAUACUAGUGUUAAUGCAAAACAAAAACAAAACGGUUAUGUUUCCACAGCUUUGUGUUUAAUUAAGUGGAGCUUGUUUUGUUUCUUUGGUUGAUGCAGUAAAUGCAUUGUAUUUUACCGUUAGCAUCUUUUAAGGAAAGGGACUUUGUGACUGCAGCUGAGUGACAUUCCUACUUAAUCGUGUAACGUUCUCAAAAUCUGAUUAUUAACUUAAAGAGAAGAUUGCUGACUUCACCCUCAGGCUGAAGCAGCUUUUAUGCUUGAAAGGGGAAUGUGAGUGGGAAGAGUUUAAUCCAGGACACCCAUCUUUAGAAAGAAUACGUAGGAACCAUCAUGCUUGUGUGUGUUUGAAUUGGAGACAAUAAGAAAUGCUGUCAUGCGGGUCAUUGAAUUGUCUCGUUUGUUUUGGUCCUCAAUGGUAAAUGGAAGUUGUAGCAUCAGCCCAAUUCUCAAAACCCACUGUCCCUGACUUACUUUACAAUGUCACCUGUUCAAUAAUCUGUUUUGUAUGUUAUUUUUAUUUUGGUUCUUGUUUUGUAUUCUAAAGAAAAUAGUAAAAAUAAAAAGGAAUACAAGGUC